UACAAAAUUAUUUUUAAAACAUCAUUAUAUAACGACGUUUAUCUGUGUUUUAGAACAAAAUUUUCUGUAUAUUUUUCUAAAAAAGCACACAAAAAUUUAUAACUCUUAACAAUGGCAUCUGCGGAGCUACAAGCAAAAAUAGAUCAAUGGUUUAAAUGGGAUAAAUGUGAAAAAACGCGCGCUGAAAUUCAAAAUCUUAUUAAAAGUGAGAAUUGGAAGGCGCUGGGUGAUGUAUUGCUAACACGUUUGGAAUUUGGAACGGCAGGUUUGCGAGGGCGAAUGGCCGCCGGUUUUAACAGAAUGAAUGAACUGGUUGUGGUGCAGGCGGCACAGGGGCUUUCCAGUUAUAUGAAAAAGAUAUUCAGCGAAAAGGACAGAAUUAAUCGUGGCGUAGUAUUCGGUUAUGAUGGUCGUCACAAUAGCAAACGUUUUGCUGAAAUUUCUUCUAAUAUUUUCGUACGUGCCGGUUUCAGAGUUUACCUAUUUAGGCAGAUGGUUUUAACACCAAUGGUGCCAUUUACUAUUAACCUAUUUAAGUGUUUGGGUGGCGUGAUGGUAACCGCUUCACAUAAUCCAAAAGAUGACAACGGCUACAAAGUGUAUUGGGAGAAUUCAGCACAAAUUGUACCACCACACGACAAACAUAUUCACAACACAAUACUCGAGUGUUUAGAACCAUGGCCGAAUUCAUUUGAUACGAAGGGUUUAUAUAUUUGCACUUGUCUCAUGACCGAUCCAAAGGAUGCUAUUAGCGCGUAUGUUCAGCGUAUAACGGCUGAUGUGCCACAGAAAUUCGUUGAUUUGAAUAGCCGAGGUGAUCUACGAUUCGUCUAUACAGCUAUGCAUGGUGUUGGUUAUCCAUUCUUAGAGAAAAUCUUUGCAGCUGUCAAAAUUAAACCAGUUAUUUUUGUUAAGGAACAAAAUGAACCAGAUCCAGAUUUUCCCACAGUACCGUUUCCCAAUCCAGAGGAGGGAAGAAGCGCAUUAGAUAUGGCAAUUCAGUUAGCAGAUCGUGAAGGCGUAACUCAUAUUAUCGCAAACGAUCCAGACGCUGAUCGCUUUGCUUUGGCGACAAAGAACCCAGAAACUGCUUUGUGGAAGAUAUACAAAGGCAAUGAAAUUGGUGCUUUACUUGGUUGGUGGGCCAUGUUUUUGUAUAAAGAGAAAAAUCCCAAUGGUGACCUUAGAAAUUGCUGGAUGAUUGCGAGCACCGUUAGCUCCAAGAUACUUAGAGCCAUCGGCAGAAAAGAAGGUUUUAAUUUUACGGAAACAUUAACAGGCUUUAAAUGGAUGGCCAAUGAAGCUGAUCGAUUAAUGAAAAAUGGUAAAACAGUACUCUUCUCAUUCGAAGAAUCUAUUGGCUUUAUGUUUGGCACAAACGUACUGGAUAAAGAUGGUGUGAGUGCCGCAUGUCAACUUGUAACAAUGGCCAACUAUUUAAGAGCUGUUGAAGGUAUUUCCCUCGACGAGAAGUUAAACAGAAUUUACAAUGAGUAUGGCUUCCAUUACAACAAUGCAUCCUAUUACUUCUGUUAUGAACCUCCAGUAAUUAUAAAGAUUUUCGAGCGUUUGCGUAAUUUUACUGGUGAUCAGAAAACAUAUCCUUCUUCGAUACUUGAGGGGAAAUAUAAAAUCAAAUAUGUGCGAGAUUUAACAAACGGUGUGGAUACAGAACAGCCCGAUGGAAAUGCUAUUUUGCCAGUAAGCGCAAGCAGCCAAAUGAUCACCUUCACAUUUGAGAAUGGGUUGGUCAUAACAUUGCGCACAAGUGGUACCGAGCCCAAAAUAAAGUAUUAUGCUGAAAUGUGUGCGCAACCAGGACAAUCUGACUUUGAAGGACUAACUAAUACUACGAAUGAGAUGGUUUCAGCUAUUGUAGAAGAAUUCUUACAGCCAAAUGUGAACAACCUAAAACCAAAAACCGAUUGAGAAGCGUUGGUUGUUUAAGUAUCCAUUACCUAAAGUAAUAUAUUAAUUACAUACAUAUAUACCAAUAGCACUGCCUACCGAUAUAUACUGGCAAUGGCAAACACACUAAAGUAAAACAAACAAACUGCGUCAAAAAGCUUACCAAUUUAAUAAUAGUUGAUUAAUAGGUUCGGAAACUGAGCAAAAUAAUAAAAAAUAGUGGGUUGCGUCUGAAAA